AUGGACCAACCUACAGGAUGUAAACCGCACCAUGACUUGUUUACCCUUGUACUUUCGUCUGGACUCAUCACAGGACUCAUUUUGUCAUACGUGCCUCAACAUUCGAUCAUAAUUAGAAACAAGACAUCGGAAGGGCUGAGCCCUUGGUAUCUAUUAUUGGGAAGUACAUCAGCGGCGGCGGGAUUCAUCAACGUUCUCACAUUGCAAUGGGGCCUUGUUCGAUGUUGUAAACACAUUACAGCUGGUGCUUGUCUGGAGUCUGUUCUGGGCGUUAUUCAAGUGUUUUUCCAAUGGUUUAUGUUUUCUGGAAUUUUCGUACUUUAUCUCCUCUACUUCCCCGCUCACCUCAAAUUCGUCACCAUCAAGCCACAGCCACACCCCGGGCAUGCACCAGAAUGCGACUGUGAAACAUGUGAACUAGCGCUUAAGGGCGAAUAUAUAGAAUCUACAAGCGAAUGGAAGAUGAGCGUCGUGUUAGCAUGCAUAGUUGCAGCACAUUUCCUCAUCUCAUUGUUCACUACUUUCUUUGUCGUUCUCAACGAUGAUCGCGACCUGGGAGAUAAUACUACGCCUCCUAGCCGCCGUGUGACCGCCUGGGCAACAUUCCUGGGGCUGUCAUCGACCAUACUCUGCCUAGUCCAGUAUACCCCUCAACUGUAUCGAACAUGGCACGCUAAGACCGUUGGAUCCCUGAGUAUUCCAAUGAUGUGUAUUCAGACUCCAGGAGCCGUGCUGAUGGUUCUCAGCAUUGCACUCAGGCAAGAACCAUCCCCAGUGGAGGGUACUGACUGGACAUCUUGGGCAACAUAUGCAGCAGCUGGAAUCAUGCAAGGCAUGCUUUUGCUCAUGUGUCUGCGUUGGAAACGUCGCCAGACCAAGCUCGGGAUUGACGACUAUGGCCGACCCAUCGCAGCCAACGGCCAAGAUGAGCGUGCGCCACUUUUGGGACCCAACUAA